UUGUCACAUUGCUCAGAACUCUAGUAGUAAUCUUUGGGAGUUCCUAGUGCAAAUUUCAACAAUAUGGUAACAUUUUUCUUAGUUUCUUGGAGAUAAUAGCCAGGUGUUGAUUUGGGGACUAGCCAUCUGGAGCGACUGGCUCAUUUAUGAUCGGCUUGUUGGGUAUCUCAUUUCUGGAUUGCAUGUGCCUUUUGUUUUCUUCUUCCUUUCUGUUUCUAUCAUAAUCUGCAUAUUUCCUCAGUAAAACUGUUGAGACAAAACAACGAGCUGGAGAAUAGUGCUUUCUGGUCCUCAUCACUAUUCAAUGCCGGUGUUUUUGCUUCUGUGUCCAGAAAGAUCCCCUUUUGGUGUUGAUCGUUCAAUGUUGCCAAAAGGAGUGGCUAUGAGCACUUUAAUGUAGCAAGAACCUGCGAGCAUUGUCGGUGGUUCUGAUCUUUGUAAAUGCUUCUGCCCCUCUUCCUCUUACGCCGUAGAUAAAGCCUUUCAUCUGCAUAUUUUUCCAAAAGGAAUAUCUUCUUGAGUACAAUCACUCACUUUCUGUUUUGACAAAACUGUAGGGUUUUUCUUGAGAAAAAACCUGUUUUGUUUCAAAGAGAAAGUGGUAGAGGAUGAAUUUUUUCAAAGUGAAGUUGAGAAUACCUCAAAAAGCAGCUGGGCAGAAGUUUAUAUCAGAAGAGCCUUUGCCAGAACACGAGGAACCAAAGCCUGAGCAUGGUGAUGAUGAUGAUCAGUGUAAAUCAGCAAAUUCAGAUGCUGCAGCUGAAGCUGAGGACGAUGAUGAUGAUUUUAUCACCAAUGAGGUAAAGAGGAGACUGAAAGAAUUGAGAAGAAACAGUUUCAUGGUGUUGAUUCCUGAAGAAGAAGAAGAGUCAUGCGAGGAUGAUGACGAAGAUGAUGAGGGAGAAACAUGCUUUAAUGAAUGGAGGGAUGUCGAAGCAGAAGGUCAGCAAUGGUGGCGUGGUUUUGAUGCUUUGUUUGAAAAGUACUGUGAGAGAAUGCUCUUCUUCGAUCGUAUGAGCACCCAGCAGCUUAAUGAAGUUGGCAAAGGCUCCCAGUACCCUUCAACUCAGUCUCCUAGAUCUGCAUCAAAGAAGCUGACAUACCCGCUUCGAUGUCUUUCCUCGAAACAAUUUGGAGAAACUGAUGAUGAAACCGAACAUCUUAAACGGCCUCACAAUGAUCCCUAUCAGGAUCUUGAGACGGCAUAUGUUGGUCAGGUAUGCUUAACUUGGGAGGCGCUUCAUUGUCAGUACAGUCAAAUGUGCCAGAAGAUAUCUUGGCAACCCGAAAAUCCUAUCUGUUACAACCACAGUGCUCAGCAGUUUCAACAGUUCCAGGUUCUGCUACAAAGGUUCAUUGAGAAUGAACCUUUUGAGAAGGGCCUUAGAGCUGAAAUUUAUGCUCGCACAAGGAACACUUUACCUAAACUACUUCAUGUUCCUAAUGUUCAAGGUUUAGAUCAAGGAUCAACAGAAGAUGAUUCAGACAUGAGAGUUCUUGCUCCUGAUCUUAUCAGGAUAAUGGAAAACUCUAUACUCACAUUCCAACUUUUCCUGAAAAGGGACAAGAAAAAGCCAAAUGGGGUGAUUAACCUUCUUGGAAAUCAGAACCAGCUUACAACUCAUCUACAAGUUGUUCAGUCUAGUCUUGAGAAGAAAGCAAUGAAACUGAAGGAAUUGAAGAGAAAGAAAAAGGGUUGGAAGAAGUGGUCUUGGCCUCAGAAGCAAGAGGACCUUCAGCUAUUAAUGGGUCUGAUUGACAUCAGAAUCCUAUCAAGGGUUAUGAGAAUGACAAGGAUAACAAAAGAACAACUAUUUUGGUGUGAAGAAAAGAUGAAGAAACUAAAUGUGACUCACAAUAGGUACAGAGUUGAAAGAAGCUCAUUAUUAUCUCUGAAAUGGGUUAAUUUUCAAGUGCUUGAUCUUUCUGGGUUCUUCUGUGUAUAUCUUUUGGUAUUGUCACUUGGCAGAAAAAUGGCCAUUUUGAUUUGUCUGAGCUGAAAUGUGAGAGCUUCUCCCCAAGCAAUGGCUAGGAUUGGGACAUGUGGGGUGGUCCCAGUCCAAAAGCAUUGGAAAUGUCUCUUUCAAA